AUGGAAUUUUUAUCUUUGCCAGAACCUUUUAGAAUACAAGUUUUAAAAAAUUUAGACUGGAAAAGUCUGAUAAAUGCUAAACUUGUGUCAAGAGGUUUGUACUUAACAAUUGAGAAAAACAUUAAUUUUAUGGAUAGGCCAAAAAUAAAAAAUUUGGGUAUCUAUUGUGACAAAAAACUUGAUGACAAAGAAAUAAUAAGAGUAAGAUAUAGUAUUUUUCCCGAAAACUGCAUCUUAAGAAAACGUCUAAAAGUUAUUCAUUUUGAAGAUUUAAAUGAGUAUGAACAAUUUUUACAAAAACUUGACUUUAGUAAACUUGAUUAUCUUCAUUUUCGAAUUUGUGAUACCUCAGAUGUGGUAGGAAUUUUUAAUAAAUAUUAUUGUGGAGGAAACUAUAUUGAGACAUUUGUUCUUGACGAUACUGGUGAAUCAGAAAAAAAGAAUGCUAAUAAUGUUUUAAAUUUAAUAUCAAAAAUAAAAGAUGUUGGAAAAAUGUAUUUAACAUUAAAUUUUCCAUUUCAAAAAUUACCUAUGAGUUUUAUGUUUCCUGAAAUGGGUUCAUUAAAAGAAUUUAGUAUUGAAGAAAAAAAUGGUACAAGAUUAAUAACAACAAAAAUGAUUAUUAAUAUAAUUAACAACAACCCUGGUAUGGCUUAUUUUAAAGUAUCAACUGACAGUGAAAGCUUCUACAUGAAGGUAACUGAAUGUAUAUUUGAAUUGGAAGCCUUUAACAUGGAAAACAGAUGUAGUCAUACACCAUUUGAGAUAUCAUUUUUUAAUAUAACUAAUUUUACAUUAUCAGAAGAAAGAUUUUAUAGAGAACUUUUUAACAAAUUUAAUAAUAGAAGUGAUUUUGAAGUUACAAAUGAUAAUGGAAAUUAUAAUUUUAAAAAAACCGUGGAAUGUUCAAAAUGUAAGAUUCAACAUUUAAAUUUGAUCUCAUAUGAUUGUGACCUUAAAAUUGUUAAAAUUGUUUUUAUGUAA